AUUUAUGACAUUUGUGGCAAAUUCUAAACUUGGCUUUGGUUUGAAGUGCAUGUGAUGACUUCACUCAGAGGGAAUUGGUUAAUUUGCAGGCUGGCACAAAUAAUGUGAUGGCUCUCUAUAAACAGAGCCUGCUGGAAAAUCUCUAAGAAGGAGAUGAAAAAAGAGAUUAAGCAACUGGAUGAGAAGAAGUAACCAGUGAUGAUGAUGCCUCUGUUUGAUGCAGCGCUCCAGCCUGCCUGACCUAGAAGGCUGGAGCAGAAGAUUGAACCCCUAAAUCAUGGCCUUUAAACACAGGAAGUGGCCAAUUGGAACGUACCAAGUGUCAACAAUAUCAUGGAGAGCGCUGCUGGGGCACCAGAGGGCCUCUUUGUAGGAGAGAAACACCUUUGAACUCAAAGGCAGCAUGAUGGAUGUUUAUAUCUGAGCACUGAAGCCAAAGCCCACCCAGAGGACGGGGCUACUCAGGGGCAUCUGUGAGUCAUAUAAAACUUCCUCCGGUGGGAGAGCUUUUAGUUAGUUGCCCAGUGAAGAACUGAGACAGUGCAAGAAAGAGAAGGAGUACCACCAAACAGCAAUGGCAUCUUUAGGGCUGCAAAUUCUGGGCAUCGGGCUGGCGGUGCUUGGAUGGAUUGGAAACAUACUAAUCUGUAUGCUGCCCCUGUGGAAGGUGUCUGCUUUCAUCGGGAACAACAUCGUGGUGGCUCAGACCAUCUGGGAAGGACUGUGGAUGACCUGCGUGGUUCAGAGCACCGGCCAGAUGCAGUGCAAGGUCUACGACUCCCUGCUGGCCCUGCCUACGGACCUCCAGGCUGCUCGGGCCAUGGUGGUCAUCGCAAUCCUGUUCUCUCUGUUCGGCCUGCUGCUCUCUGUGGUCGGGGGGAAAUGCACCACCUGCGUUGGGGACAAGGCAGCAAAAGCCAAAGUGGCCAUCUCCGCAGGUGUUUUCUUCAUCCUGAGUGGGGCUCUGUGUCUGGUGACCGUGUCGCUGCCUGCCAACACUGUCAUAAAAGACUUCUACAACCCCAUGGUUCCUGAUUCCCAGAGGAGGGAGCUGGGUGCAUGUUUGUACAUGGGCUGGGGAGCAUCAGGACUCCUGCUGAUCGGGGGAGCUCUCCUCUGCUGUCAGUGUCCGUCAGGAGGAGACCGAUUCACUGGAGCAAAGUACUCCGCGCCUAAAUCCACAACGCCCGGGAAGGAAUUUGUCUGAGUUGCUGUAUUACAUAAAAAUCAAAGCACGCUUUGAACAGCAUCUGACUUUACACAUAGUAAAAACCUGUUGCUUAAGAAGUUGUGAUUUGCAUUGUGACUAAUUUUGUUUUUCUAACACAUUGUGGGACUCUAAGGUAUGUGCCAUGUUACAAUACAGCAACAUUGAAGCUUAGCUCAUUUCUUUUUAUAUCGUUUUGUGUAUUAAUUUCAAUAUAUACUCAGUGUCAGACUGCUGAUGUUUCAUUUAUCUUAUUUACAACAUAAGAACUCCCGAAAGAAGACUCAUGUAUUUGUUGUGUGAUUAAUUUUUCAUUUGUUUUUCCUUUGGAUAAUAAAAAAAUGUAUUCGCAACAAUGUUUUUUUUUUAUAUGCACGGUGGAACAUAACAAAAUAAAU